UUUAACACCCCGACCUUCUGCCGCCCAGCAGUCAUCACCAUUUUCUCUCUCUUCUCUAAACAAUUAUUUUAUUUUUCCAUGCUACCUCCUAUAAAAACCAUACAUUUUUUGUUGCACCAUUUAUUCAUAUAUCUUCAUCCUACCUUCUUUUGUCAAUAACAAACAAUAUUAUCAUCAUAAUAUCUUAUCAUAUGUUAUAAAUAAUAUUUAUAUACAUAUAUAUACUUAUUUGUACCUAGUCAUAUAGGUUUUGUACUGAUAAAGAUCUGAAAUAAAUUAAAAUAAUUAUGAUGAUGAGUUCACAUAAUAAUAAUGAUGGUGAGUCUAGUGGUUCUUCUUCUGGAGGAGGAUCCGGAGAGUUUGAAAUAGCAAGGGUUUUGGCGAGUUUAAGGAAGAACUAUAGCGCCGCUGCGGCCGUGGCAGUGGAGGAGAUGAGAGGAAGUAGUGGUGGCCGCAGCGGCGAGUCGGUAGGUCAAGGUGGUGGUGAUGGUGGUGGUAAUAAUAAUUGUUGGGGGAGUAAAGGGAAGCGGUGGAUGAGUAACAAGCGUGUUAAAGAGUCGUCUUCAUCACUUCAUUCUUCUUCUCCUUCUGUUUCUCCUUUGCCUUUCGAUCUUAACGUGGAUCAGCCUAAUAUAUUUCAAGAGGAGUGUCUAAGUGUUGAUGUAAAACCUGAAAAGAGCUACGAAUCCACUGAACGUGGCCGUGUUUGCAAUUCAGCACAUAAUACUGGGAGGUCUAGGCAUAAUCUGACUGAGGUAUAUGACAGAGGUCAAGACAUAAUGGCAGAGAAGGAAGCACGAAGAAUACGCAGGAUAUUAGCUAAUAGGGAGUCUGCACGACAAACUAUUCGCAGGAGACAGGCUUUUCACGAGGAACUUACAAGAAAAGCCGCAGAACAAGCAUCAGAAAAUGAAAGAUUAAAAAGAAACAAGGAUUUGGCUGUCAAGGAGUUUCAGUCUCUACAAACUACCAACCAAAAGCUAAAAGGACAGUUAUCUCAAACAUUAGGCUUCAAACUUGGAGAGAAUAAAGGUGAAGCUCAUCAACCAUCUUGUCCCGAUACUCAUAACGUUAACCCUCAUUCAGCAAAUUGGGCACAGUUUGUGUACAAGAAGUUAUCUGCAAGCACCUUUGUAAUCCCUGCAUCUUUGCCGCCUUCAGACUUGAACGUUUCAAAUUUAAGUCCUUGCAGCUUCUCCGAGCAGGAAAAUCCUCGGAGUAUUAAUGGCCAAAAUAUGCCUUGGUGUAUAUUACCCUGCCCUGUGUUCCUUCCAAUACAUGAUAUCAAGAAUUUUUCUUCUUUACAUGUGAAAGAUAGUGAUGAAGGCACUUCAGUUGAUUCUAAUCAUGUUCAUAGUCCAUCUUCAGAUUAUAGUCCAUCUUCAGUUAUACGUUGCGUACACAACUGUCAGUUAGUUAGUCCUGCAGAUAGAAUAAGUAGUGGUCUUCCAUCAACACAAGACGAUUGCAGAAAUGGUUUCCAUCGAUUCCCAUUUGGACUAUCUCUAGACGGAGGGGGUCAAAAGAUGAUACCGUGUUGCUCAAGAGGUGAUUUUGCUCUAGAACGAGAGGAUUGUGUCACUCCGCACACACUAGUUAAUACGAAUGUUUCUUCAGCAGCAUGUAUAGAGUCUGCAAGUGCUUUAACGGAAAAAAGGAAAGAGCGUGUUCUAAAAACGAGGGAGAGGAAUGUUGCAGGAGCAGAGGCCAGAAAAAAACGGAAGGAGCUGAUGAAACUAAAGAGCCGCCUUCACUGCCAAUUAAUAGGAUGAGAAAGUAGCUGAGAAAUAAACUAUUGAGCUUGUAUUUUAGUGUUUCUAAUUAACUGAUGAAUUUUUUUUAUCUCUUGAAAGGAUAAAUGGCUUCUUUCCUCUCGGAACAAUGCUCGACAGUAGAACUAAUGCUGCGCCUUUCUGGUUGAACCAGGCUAAAGUGUCUUGCAGCGGUUAGCAUGGAGUUGUUUCCAUGGGCGAAUAAAAGAACAUUUUGUAUGAAGAGCUUUGUAUUAGUAGUACCAUGGUAUUGUAAGCGUUUAAUGGCUUACAACAGUUGGUAUGGAUUAUGAACAUUUUGUAUGAAGAGUGUUGUUUAGC